GUGGUAUACUAGAAUGCUCUUCAGUCGCCAUUUGGUUCUCGUCAGGCAGUCAUGCAAGUCGUGUGUUGAGGCCUCUCUUUUUAUUGUUAAAGGAUCAUCCCCAUAUGAGAAGCUUGUUCACUUGACGUUCUGCUCCUGAAGAUGUUUAUGUGAAACCAAGGCCACGUCAGUUUUCAGAAUGGAUCGACUUGCUCCUACCAGAGGACCUUCUCAAUGGGCAUGUCGGAUGUCCUUUGUCAUUGUUAUCAUAUGUACCCAUCAGUCCACUUUGGGCCGACCAGUGGGAGAACCAAUUGACGAUGCCAUGAUGUACCUCAUGAAAUACGGUUACAUGGACGAGACAGGCUCUUCGAAAUCAGCGGCCCUUAUCCACCCUGAUGCGAUCAAAGAGUCAAUCAUGGAGUUCCAACGAUUCGCAGGUCUCAAUGAAACGGGUGUCAUGGAUCCUCAAACCUCCCGGCUGAUGAAGCUGCCCAGAUGUGGCGUCAAAGACAUGGUGGGGCAUUCAAAAAGUCACGGUCGGAGCAAACGAUUUGCCCUUCAAGGCAGUCGUUGGAGAGUGAAAGAGAUCACCUAUAGGAUAAGCAGCUAUCCAUCGAAGAAGAUGAUGCCCAAAUCUGAUGUCGAUUCUGAAAUUGCCCGUGCAUUGGCGGUCUGGAGCGAGUUCACGGAUCUCAAGUUCGUCCCACGGGAUUCAGGGAAGGUCCACAUUGACAUUCGUUUUGAGGAGGGACGCCAUGGGGAUGGGGAUCCUUUUGAUGGGCAAGGAGGGACUUUGGCACAUGCCUUCUUCCCCGUUUUUGGUGGAGACGCUCAUUUUGAUGAUGCCGAAUUCUGGACCAAAGACAGCUUUGUUGGUACGAAUCUGCUUCAAACUGCCGCUCACGAAUUCGGCCAUUCUUUGGGUCUGUCACAUAGUGAUAGCAAAAACGCUUUAAUGUCGCCAUUCUACCGAGGCUUUGAAAAAGAGGUGCAGUUGAAGAAGGAUGACAUUGAAGGAAUCCAGCAACUUUACGGUGAAAAGACCACCAGUUCAAGGCCCUCCUCGACACGCCCCGAAGUGCCAGAGGUGUCGGAUGAGCCCAGGAGAGUCGACGAUGAAGAGCUCUGCAACGACGCUUCGUUCGACGCCAUUGUUACCCUCAAGAAUGGGGAUACCUUCACGUUUAAGGGGGGUAAAUAUUGGAAAUUGACCGAUGAGUCCGUGGCCAAUGGCUACCCUCGAGAUCUCUCCUCGGAUUGGGACGGACUUCCCCCCAAUGUGGAUGCUGCCUUCACGUGGACGAAUGGAAAGACCUACUUCUUCAAGGGUUCAAAGUACUGGAGUUUCACCAAUCAAGUUAUGGACUCGGGAUAUCCAAAACAGAUCGCCAAGGGGUUCGAAGGCAUCCCCAACUCGGUGGAUGGGGCUUUCGUUUGGACUGGAAAUGAAAAGAUCUAUUUCUUCAAG